AAAGACGAUCGACGGACGCAUCCCGUGUACACAGUGAUAAGUCUCCGGCCAGAACCACCUGUCACCUGAACCGAUACGGAAGUCGCGCGCGCGUGGAGACAUCUCUUCGUGCCGAGUGCCAAUUGAAGUUUGGAACUUGCUCUUGGUCAAUCGAUUUCGUACAUCCGCUCCGAAUCCGAAUCCGAUCCGAUUUCAUACAUCCCCCCGGACGAAAUAUGUCAAAAUACACGCUACUAAUGCUGCUGCUAAUCGCUGCGGUUGCGCAGGAACUUACUGUAACGGCUGCGCAAGAUUUGCCCGAAGGCUUUCCCAAGUGCAAGCGGGACGCGAACUUCGACAAAUGUCUGGUGGAUGCCGUCAAUGUGGCGAUACAGCAGCUGAAAACGGGCAAUAAGGAAUUCGGCAUACCGCCCCUCGAGCCGCUCACCGUGAAGAAACUCGUUAUAGAUGCCGGCAAUGCGCCAAUAAAUCUGCGCCAGGCCUUGAAGAAUGUGAAGGUGCACGACAUGAUCUCCACCAGCAAGAUACAGCGGUACAGAACCGAUCUGGACAAGCACUUGAUUAUCUGUGAUAGCCGAACGGACCGCAUCGAGAUGAUCGGCGACUACGAGAUGUCCGGCCGCAUCCUUCUGCUGCCCAUCACAGGACAUGGCAAGGCCAAUGUCACGCUGAUCAACACCAAGAUCGAGCAUCGCCUGAUCGGCGAACCCUUCGAGAAGGAUGGAGUGAAGUACAUGCGACUGAAGGACUACCGAGUGUCAUUCGAUCCGAAGAGGGUGUAUAUGAACUUCGAGAACCUCUUCAACGACAAAACCCUAUCGGAUGGCAUGAAUCGAUUCCUUAACGAGAACUGGGAGACGGUGUUCAACGAGCUGAAGGUGGGAUAUGCCAAGAGUUUCGGCAUCAUUUUCAGGGAGCUGUCGAACAAACUGUUUGAGAAAGUGCCCUUCGACAAUAUAUUUUUAAGUUAAGUGCUUCGAGCUUUCAAUUACGUACCUAUUAGGUAAUGCUUAAUUUAUGUUACUACAUAGUUAAUAAAGGACUUAAAC